AUGUACUGCGAGUUGGCAAAUAAGUUAGUGGUGGAAGCUAAAAGAACCGAACAAUUAAACAGUAGAAACAAUGCAAGAACGACGUUACCAGUGCACAACGAUGAAUUAGUACGAAAUGUUUUAAAGGAGGUAACCCAACUGAAAAAAAAUUUAGAGUUUUUCAAAGAACAACAGGAUAUUAUGUCUACAGAGGGAAUAUCCGUAGAUAGUAAUGUUAUGAAAUGUCAAUAUUUUGUGAAUUUACUAUGUUUAGAGCGUAAUAAGAGAUGUUUGUUAGGUUAUCAGAAGCUAAGAAGUGAUAUGUUGGAUUCCAUGGCAUGGGAAAAUAAUGGUAUGGAUGUUAUGGGGUCUAAUUUAGGCGAAGAAAAUAGUAACCUUACGCACCAAGAACAAGAGUAUUUAAAAAAAUAUUCUGAACUGAUUACUGAAAUGAAGAGUGGUGAAUUGACAGAUAUAGAUCUUUCUGGGUCUUUGAUUCCUCCCAAGGAAGUUUUUAUUGAUGUAAGAGUAUUAAAGGAUGCGGGUGAAAUUCAAACCGAAUAUGGUGUUUUUAAUCUAAUUAAGGAUUCCCAGUUUUUUGUUAGACAGUCAGAUGUUGAGAGGCUUAUUCAACAAGGUUUCCUUCAAAAGAUAUAG